CUGGUCCGAUACACCGAAAUGCUUUUCACUCGGGCUUGGGAGGUCCGGUACACAAACAUUAACUGCCUGGCGAGCAUCCUUUCCGGGUUAGCUGUAUUUCAUCGGGAUUUUGCCACCGCCGUGGUUGACAAUGUGAUUGAAGAUGUACGGGUCGGAAUGGAGUUGAAUCUUCCGCAUCUAAGUCAGCGACGAAUCAGCAUGGUGAAAUAUUUGGGCUUGUUGUACAAUUACUGCCUAGUCGAUUCACCGGUCAUUUUCAAGACACUCUACUCAUUGCUCACCUUUGGCGUGAGCCUGGAUAAUAAUAUCAUCAGCAUUUUGGAUCCACCCGAUUCGCUUUUCCGCAUUACGUUGAUAUGCACGUUAUUGGACACUUCCGGUGAAUUCUUCGAUCGUGGGAAGAAACGACGCAAAUUAAAUAUUUUCUUGGUUUACUUCCAACGAUACUACUGGUUUAAGCGAUCACAACCAAUCUGGGAACAACCUGCAAGUUCAAAAUCUAUUAAAUCGAAUCCACCUGAUCCAGAGCCAGUCGAGCCAAACGCAAACCAGUCAUUGUCCAGCGCUUCCGCUAAUGGUCUACCAAACACUUCGGGAGAAACCGCUUCAAAAGGUGAGGAGCAGCAACCAGGUGAGAGCGGUUUUGAUGCAUCUGGCAGCACGCAAUCGGAUAAAAUACCAGUCUUCCAGCCCAUCCCGUUCCCAUCCGCGGUAGAACAACUGUACACGGAAACCUUGGCACAAUUGCGUAUCAAAGUGUUCAGGGCGAAGAAUCUGGCUCAAGCCGUGAGUCUUGUAAAUCGUCUGGAGACGCGGUAUUUACCACGUCUGGCUCGAUUGAAAGCUACCUACGGUCUAGUAGAAGACACUCCGGGCAACACUGCAGACGAAGGAGCGUCAAACCAAACCGCACGAGCCACUGGACCGGGAAGGAUGGAUCCUAUAGCGGAAGAGAAUGAACAAAAUGNUGCGUGUGUGUGUAAAUUGUUUUCUCUACUGGUCAUUAUUCAUCACUCACAGUCUACUUCCUGA